GGGUCCACAAAACCAACCAAACCUUUCCCAACUUUCACCUCCUACCUUUCUUCCUCCUUCCAAAACCUUCUUCAACACACAACUCUCUUUUACAGACACACACCAGCACAAAUUCUCUCUCUCUCCAGACUCUUUUUCCCGUCCUUUAUCGAUCAUCGACAAAUCCUAGCCGUCCAUAUUCAGGUUCUGUUUUCUUUUUUUUAUUAAUUUCUCAUAUUCUUAGAUCAGAUCCGAUCCAUGUUCUUAUCAGUCGCUGAAUAAUUUUUUUAAAAAAAUUUGUAUUUAUUUCUUUUAUUUGAUAAUUGUAAGAACUGUUUUUUUUUUUUUUUAAAAAAAUUUUACGAAUAAUAAUGGAGCAAGAAUCUCAAAACGCACCAUUUUAUUGCGUUAACAACUGCGGUUUCUUUGGAAAUGCCAAAACUAAUAACCUCUGCUCCAAGUGCUACAAAAAAUUCCUUUUAAAACAACCACAACAAACUCAAAUCGAAUCAACAAUUGCUCCUGUCGCUGGCGGAGAACAGACAGGUGCCAAUUCAUCGGAGAAUCGACCUCCGGCGGCGGCCAACAGGUGCAGCUUCUGUAGGAAACGUGUAGGGUUGACGGGAUUCAAUUGCCGGUGCGGGCAGACGUUUUGUUCGCUGCACCGUUACUCGGACAAGCAUAACUGCGUUUUCGACUACAAGAGUGCCGGACAAGACGCCAUUGCUAAAGCUAAUCCUAUUGUGAAGGCGGAGAAGAUGGAUAAGAUAUAAUAAUGGAGGCUGCGUUUACAAGUAUGUAAUUAAAUAUUAAUUUGAUCUGUUUCUUUCUGCACGGUACAAAUAUCUCUAUUUCGUGCUAAAAUUAUAUUUGGAGAUUUAAUAUAUGCAAUUAUGUUCUUUGCAUUAUAA